CAUCAGAUGAGAGGACGACGCCUUCUGAAGCGGCGCGCUUCAAGACUGCGGAAUCAUGAACAGCAUCAGGCUGCGCUGCCAGGUCUGCCUCGCCUCCUUCAACUCGGUGUACUCAUUCAAGUCACAUGUGCAGUCACAUAGAGCGAAAAUAAAAGAAAUCUUCCAGAAUGAUAAUGUCGUCAUGUCUGAUUACCUUCCCUACAUUGUUUUUAAGAAUUCAAAACGCAGUAAAGCAGAUUUUGUUGGUUUGUCUUACCUGACGCUGGUUUUUGGUGCCGCCGACGUGAGCGGCUGUUUUUACCUUUGCCACGUCUGUCGCUUAAAAUGUCCACUUGAGGGCAUUUUAGGCCAUCUCCGUUCUGAGGACCAUGUUACAAACUAUCUUAGCAUUGCAAUGCCAAAUGCACUGAUAUUCUCUUGGAUGCCAGUGGGGAGAAACAAGGCCCCACCUUUGUCUUCAGAAUGUAUGAGAAAAAGUGGAGAGCUUCAGAUGUUGCAAUUACCCCAAAAGGUGCUCACUGUGUUGAAGUCCAGUUUGUAUUCUGGAGUGAUGCUCACGCUAAGUGAAAAUGAAAAACUUUACCAAUGUCUUCAAGCUGCUUUGCCAAACCCUGACCUCGUCAAAAGUUACCAAAACGACUCCAAGAGGAAGAAUCCACUGCUCGGCCUGCAGCACAUUGUUGAAUGCGUUUGCGUGGGCCGGAGUAAUGAGAGAUCCUACCUCUGCACCCUCUGCCACCUCACAGUAGCUGCACACAUGAUCAUGAAGCACAUCCUCAGCUUUGACCACGUCUUUCGCUAUUUUGAGGAGUGGCAUCCCUCCACACUCUUGUCAAAGGCGAGCUACAAGGAGGACAACUCCUUUACCUCCACGAUGCUCAACCUGGCAAAACAGGCAGAGGAAAUUCAAGGAUCCACACAGAUGAGGCAUGUGAGUCUGGAGCCUGCUGAUUUCAAGUCUGUGAAUUCCUUGUGUUACUCAGAAGCUUUAAAGAAGCUGGAAUUGAUCCAGAAGUGCAGCUUGGAAACGAACAUUGAACCUGGAAGAAAGCUUGAGCCCCGUUCACCUUCAUCCUGCCCCUCGUCCUUUCCCUCGAUCUUCAAAAUAUCCUGUCAGGUCUGCAAUACAGAAUGUAGCAACAUGAGUUUCUUUAUCGCACAUUUGCGCAAAAAAAGUCACAAGGAGGGUGUGGCGAAAGCCUUGGAUGUUUCUGCACACGUUGACUCUCAGCACAUAGCCUCAUUCAACCUGGGUAUAUACACCUACAUUACUAAGUGUAUACAAAAGAAUGAGCCAGUUGUUGGUAUACCCAUGGUUGUGUCCUGCAUCACCACUGAGGUCAAGUGUGACGCUGUGUACAUCUGCCUCGCAUGUGAGAAGUGUUUCCGUGGCCCCUUGAUCGAGGAACACUUCACCUCUCAAAAGCAUCUCUUGCGCACUCUGGGCCACUACCAGGACCUCGAGGCACUGCCUUUCGCAUGGACGCCUCCUCUGGACUUGGACUUGGCUGGGCUGAAGGCCAAAGUUUGGGAAAAGGAGAAACCAACAGGAUCACUGAAGAUUUCCAUAAAGGUUCUUGAUCUACCGCAGCGGGCUUUUCUGAGCAUCACGACGAAGAACUAUUCCGAAGUUGUGGAAAUGCUUCAAGGUGACAACUUUUCCCUGUUGAAUGGAGUUCCGGUAUUAAAAACAAGCCAUGAACGCCACGCUAAAAAUAACUUCCCGCUGCUCGGGCAGCAAUUCCUGGUCUUUUACGAUGCGAAAACCAAAGAUCCACAGCAGUACAAGGCCUCCCUGUGUUUGCUGUGUAAAAGAAAGCUCAGCGAAGAAGAGUCGGACAACCACUUGUUCUGUCUGCAGCACGUUACCACAUUUCUGAAUAAAUUCCACCCAGGCUCACUCAGCUCCAGCAGUAUCAACACAGAGACCUUGUUAGACUUUGCGCGACAGGCUCAGACCCUUCAUCUUGUAAAUCUGCCACAGACGGUGAAUUUGGCACGCCCCGUGAUCGAUACAUACACCUAUGAGAAAACGUUGGGGAUUCUGAGAUCUGGAAAGAAGCGGGACCAGAGCGUAGUGGUUGAACCUUCAAUAACGUCAAAAAGAAGGCUGCUUCCAAAUGAAUCUUCCUCAACAGUAGAGGACCAUGUGAGAAGCAACAGCGGCGAUACCACGAAGCUCUGCGUUGACAAAGCACAAGAUGGAGAAAACAAAGGAGCAAAACAGACGCUGAGUGAACAAAAAACAACUCUGCAAAAACAGAUCUCAGGAACUGCCUCAGAGGUGGUGGAAAAGGCGGUUGAACCACCACAGGAAAUAAUGAGAAAGGAGCCAGAGUGUGAAAUUAAAAGAACAAGCGAGGAGAUCCCAGAAAGCAGCCCGAGCACAGAUAAAGAAGCUGCUGGGGAACGCGGUAAACAAGAAGCAGCUGAAAACAAUGAGAAUACCCCAGCACAACUGAGCACAUGCGGUGACAAAAUGAGGAACAAAAGGAGUAUUAGCUCGUGUGAAGAAUCCCUGGAAGGCAUGAGACAUAAAAGACAGAGACUCACAUCUGAGGGAGCCAGCAGCGAGAAGAAUGAGAGCUCUGCUGUGGAAAAGAGCCUCAAGACGCACCAAGAUGAAGGUUUACUCACACUUUAUGACUGCCGUUGUGAUAAACGCGAUUCGGUGUACCUCUGCGAGUGCUGCUCAGUGAAGUUCCCCCAAGAGGAGCUCAUUGGCCAUAUUACUGAACCCGGCCAUCCAAAGGCUCAUCUGAAGGUUGUUAAUCUGGAUGAAAACCUUUACAGUAUCGUCUCCAAAAGCAGCUUUCAAUCAGCUAGGCAGACGGUGUCGGCGUUUCUCACUCGGUGUGAGAGAGAGUCCGAGCUCCCCUCAGCCUCUACUCCGUGUUCAGUUAAAAAUGAAGAGAUCCAUUCCCCGGUUCUUGCUCAACAUAGCGUUGACUCUGUGAGGGAUCAUGUCCAGGUGGAGGACUUGAAGACUGAAGAUGAUUCAAAAACCUGUGAGGGAGCAUCGAGCGUACCUGCAGUGACAUCGGGAACUGAAGCUCCUGAAACACUGAAAGAAGACCUGAAUCCUCAUGUUGACCUGAAGCCUCAUGACUUAAAUCCUCAUGUCAACAUAAAACAUAAUGAUGACCUGAAGCCUCAUGACUUAAAUCCUCAUGUCAACAUAAAACAUCAUGAUGACCUGAAGCCUCAUGACUUAAAUCCUCAUGUUGAACUGAAGCCUCAUGAUGACCCGAAGCUUCAUGAUGACUUAAAUCCUCAUGUCAACAAAAGUCCUCAUGAUGACCUGAAGCCUCAUGACUUAAAUCCUCAUGUUGAACUGAAACCUCAUGAUGACCUGAAGUCUCAUGUCGACACAAGUCCUCAUGAUGACCUGAAGCCUCAUGACUUAAAUCCUCAUGUUGAACUGGAGCGUCAUGAGCUGAAGCGUCAUGAUGAGCUGAAGCCUCAUGUCGACGUGAAUCCUCAUGUUGACAUAAAACCUCAUGACUUAAAUCCUCAUGUCGACAUAAAACCUCAUGACUUAAAUCCUCAUGUUGAACUGGAGCGUCAUGAGCUGAAGCGUCAUGAUGAGCUGAAGCCUCAUGUCGACGUGAAUCCUCAUGUUGACAUAAAACCUCAUGACUUAAAUCCUCAUGUCGACAUAAAACCUCAUGACUUAAAUCCUCAUGUUGAACUGGAGCGUCAUGAGCUGAAGCGUCAUGAUGAGCUGAAGCCUCAUGUCGACGUGAAUCCUCAUGUUGACAUGAAACCUCAUGACUCAAAUCCUCAUGUCGACAUAAAACCUCAUGACUUAAAUCCUCAUGUUGACGUAAAUCAUGUCGACAUAAAACCUCAUGACUUAAAUCCUCAUGUCGACAUAAGUCCUCAUGUUGAACUGAAGCCUCAUGAUGACCUCAAGCCUGAUGACAUAAAUCCUUCUCAUGUUGACUUAAAGUCUCAAGAUGACCUGAAGCCUCAUGUUGAAAUAAGUCCUCAUGUUGAACUGAAGCCUCAUGUUGACUUAAAUCCUCAUCUCGACAUAAAGCCUCAUGAUGACUUCAAGCCUCAUGAUCUGAAGCCUCAUGACAACAGUUCUGAAAAAAACUUGGUUAGUGUUUCAGAAAAAUGCCCUCAAGCUAAUUCUACUCCAAACACAAACAUUGAGUCAUCAGGAACUGAAGUCACUCUUGAAACAGAUGAAAAGGUGACAUUGAGCUCCGUCUGCUCUGCAACUUCCUCUCAAUGUACGGCUACCACUGAUGAAGUGACUGGCGUCACCCCCACCUCAGGUGCAGCGACUUUUCAGACAGAACUAGUCAAAACAUCUGCGUUGAUGUGCGCACCACUGGCAUGCAAAACCAAAGCUGCAUCUGAUGCAAAAUAUGAACUUCAGAAUGUGGAACCGACGUCUCCAGUGGAAUCUGCAGUGGUGCAUAAAGCUGCAAACAUGAAAAUGGCUGAAAAUACUGUUAAAUACCCCAAAACUGCACCGGCAACCGUAAGCACGUGUCACAUGUUGACAAAAUCUGUGGCCUCAACCAAGAAGCCGACACCAGCAAUGAAAAACGGAAAGCCAGGAAAAGAAAUGGUUUUUUCACCACACAUUCAUGACGGUACACAGUUUGCUGUUCCCCAAAGGACUGCAGUGAAGUCCGACAGGCCCGAGUCCAAGAGGAAACCAGCGGAGCUGCCGCUCACUACGGCAAAGAAGACAAAGUCAGUUCAUGGAACUGUCAAAAUUGGCACCGAUCAGCUGAUUAUUUUGAUGUGCUCAAAGGAAAAAAAGCAGCAGGUCUACUGUCAGCUGUGUUCAGUCAAGUUGCAGUCCUCGGAUCACCUUCGUGAGAUCAGUCACCAGUAUAACUACGUGAAAAUGAAAAUCCCUGGAUACACUGCAAAGCCUUUUGAGGAUGCACAGAAGUUUCAGGAGACACUGACCUUGUUGGAGAAGGAAAAGGGACAGAGUCAGAUACUUGAAGUCACCUUUGACGUGUAUGAGGAGAUGAAUCGCCUUCCAGUAAAUACAGUGUUGCAAAGACUGAAAGAAAUGCUGAGUCAGAGAAGCUGGAAGGGGUCCUCUUCGCCCACAGCCAACAGUGUGGCAGCUUUGCGAAAGAAAGCCAUCAUUGGCAGUCCAUGUGAAGUGACAAGCUCAGAUGAUGGAGUCACUCUAGUAAAAAAUGCCCUCAAGCCUGGAGUCGGCGACCCUGAAUCCACAUCAACGCCUUCCAAAACUGCUGCCGCAUCUGAGAAGAUUCCUGUUGGCAGCCAACAGCGGCCGUCGGAGGCUCCAGAAUCACAGGACACACUCAAAACACCCCAAGAUGCUCAGAAGUUUUCACACGUAACGUUCUUGGGUCGAGACCCACGUGUCGAACCUGCUACUGAUAAGGACAUGCACAGUCAGUCAAGGUCGUCCUACCAAAAAGAUCAAGCAGCAAAAUGUCAUUCAAGACCUGGGAGAAAGAGAUCGUCACAGGAACUGUCAACAAUUUCAGUCGGAGAGAGGAUUGAAGGUGUCAGUCAUUUGUCUACGUAUGUGAAAGUAAAACAAUUGAGUAUCAUAGGCCAGGGCGCUGUGUGGGAGUGUCAGGGGACCUCCCAGACGCCGUUCUUCUUAUGCGAGAGCUGCGAACUGAGGCUUCUUUCCACAGACAUCUGCAAACACAUGAUCAGCAAGGAUCACAUGUUCAAAUAUGUGGAAAAAUAUCAGUCAGAGUUGCUGUAUUUCUGGAGGAACGAGCAGCUUGACGAGGAGGGAAAACUGGAAUUUUUAGAGGAAGAGAAACUGGAACUUUUCGAUUUCAUCACCUCACAGCUGCUGGAGCGUGAAAAAAGUAUAGACGCAAAGAUUGUACUGCUGGGCUCAGAGUUGUAUGAACGGCUUCAGAAAGCUCAAUUCCAUGACGCUUUAAAAGUGGUGCAAAGCAUCAGUGAAAGGAAACUUAAAGCCGCCUGGCCACCCGUCUGUCCUCCACCGCAGAAAAAAGCCAAACAAGAUGGGGUGAGAAAGUCGACAAUGGAUGAAGAGUCGCAUGACGUCCCAAAAAGAAAAGCCUCCAAUCCUCUGGAUCCAAGACGUUUGCCCUCAUGGGCCGACUCUGUCGUCGCUCGACUCCCUCAGGCUGACGUGUGUCUUCACCCCAAAGAGAUGGACAGCUGUCUCUCUUCCAAGCACCAAACGGAGAGCGUCCCCGUGUUACCAGCAACACCGACGGAGGAUCCAAAAUCCAUGUCAUCUGCUCCGGUUGACCCUGAAGUCGCUCAGACCCUGCCAGGAAGCAGGGAGCGGCCGGCUGACACGUCUUUGGAAACAUCGGUCAGAUCCUGUGCAAGUGACUCGGCUGAGCUCUCCCUGCCAGCCGCAUCCGCAGGCCCCCCGCUGCAGCCGAGUGAGGAGAGCACCUCUCUGUCAGCUUGCGAGUCCAUGGCUGUCGACCCUGCUGAAAACCCUACCUCCCUGCCUCCUCAGCCUGAAAACGUGACGUCUGUACCUGACCAAAAUGCACCCCUGGAUCCCUUCGUAGCUCUGUCACAAAUAAUAAAUGUACUCAGGAAUCAGGCUAAAGGCAAUUUGUCCACUUUGCCGGCCGAAGAUAACGUGAAGCCCGUGAGCCACUGUGCCGUCACGACGGCGCCAAGUGAUGAAGGAAAACCGUCCCUGCUGAGUGCAUGUGGAGAUAUGAAUACAACUGGUGGGAAUUCUAAGAUUUCAGGAGAAAUUCCUGCUGGCCUUGGUCUCCAGAAUCAGCUUCUCACCCAAAGUGCCAUCAAAUCACCUUUUGAGGGCAGUCGCAUGGGGGACGACUCCCGGCUCACAGCAGCUGCUGCUGGUGUGUCCGUCACUGCUGCUACUGCCUCCCCUGCUGACCUCCCCAGUGAUCCACAACAUCCACAAGGCGGCUCUGACCAGCCGAGGUGGAGUGCUGUUGCCACCGGCGCCGCAACGCCUGAAACGUCCGACACCUCUCCCAUUAGAACCAUCGUACUCGGUAGAGGAAAUUACUCUUACAGCUCCAGCGGCAGCUCUGCAGACCCAGUCCCCAGUGCGGUGAGCGGUGACCCCCAGGUGGGCCUGUCCGCAGCCUUAACGGCACCCACGCAUGGCACAAAUGAACUUUCAGUUUUCAAAGCCCCGGUCCACCCUGACCUCAGCUCAACUUUCACCCCUUCUGUCAACACGGUUGUUGCCAACAGCGCCGGCUCUUCCGUCAGCACCGGUGCUGACAGUGUCGUCGCCCCUCACGUCCUCUCUGCCGUCAACCUCCACACUAAUACUUUUGAUCCAGCCGUGAACCCUCAUGCUAACUCUGCUGGCAGCACUGUUGCCAACCCCUCCCAGAGUUUUUACCACUCUGCCAUGGGGUUCCCCCAGACCUACCCGGGAGUAAACUUCCUGCAUCUGCAAGCAGUUGGACACAGUUCAGCAGCUGGGAUGGAGGCCAUGUGGGCAAACAUGGCAAUGCAGCAGCAGCAGCCGCCGCCGCCGCCGCAACCGUAUCAGCAGCCGCCACUGCCGCCGCAACCGUACCAGCAGCCGCCACUGCCGCCGCAACCGUAUCAGCAGCCACCACCGCCACCGUACCAGCAGUUGCCACAACCGUAUUCGCCGCCACCGCAACUGUAUCCGCCGCCGUUUCAGCAACUGCCGCCCCCGUUUCAGCAGCCACACAUGUAUCAGCAGCAGCAGUAUCAGUAUUAUCAGCAACAGUGGUAUUUAAGCCAGCAGCAGAGCCAGUACCAGCAGUAGCAUAUCCAGCAGAAUGGGUGAGCGGUUUCUGGACAAAGGAGAUUUAAAAAAAAAAAAAAAAAGGUGUCGCUUGGUGUUUUGUGUGUCGUCUUAUUGACCUUACCAGCUGACUGUUGAUAAAGCUUUGUCUACCCA